UUCAUCGAUUGAGUAUAUAAAGAAGCCUUAUAGAUAGUCGAGUGCAAAAUCUGGUGUGAUUCGCGUAGAGUGAAAGACAAACUUUCAAGCAGCAAGAUGAAAGCUAUAUUCUCCGUUGCUGUUUUGGCGUGUCUGUUGGGUGCGUUUUACGUCCAAGCCCAGAAUGAAGUUCAAUGCCCAAAUAGAGCACCAAGAGAAGGAGAGGGCGCCAUUCUUCUCCCUCACCCCACCAACUGCAGACACUACUUCGUUUGUGACUACGGCCGAGCGAUUGUGAUGAAGUGCCCUGAUAACUUACAUUUCAAUCCCAUAGAACAAGUUUGCGAUUUUCCAUGGCAAGCUGGAUGCAGAUCUUCAGGGUAUCCUCAAUAUGAAUCAAAUGAUUUGGAUGUAUAAUGAUUGCUUACCACUAUCAAUAUGUGGACCGAUACUGUAUUAUUGUAUACAUUGUAUUACGUUAUCAUUCACGGCUCACACAAGCGUCAUUAUAUUGUAUAUAUUUUUCAAUAAAUAAAUUAUCCAUUACUUAAUA